GGCGCGAGGGUGGCAGCCAGAGGGAGCCGCCGCCCGUGGCCGCUCGGGUCCCCGUGGGGCGCAUGGGGCGCUGCGAGCCGGGAUCGCGUGCGGGCUCCGCGCCCAGCUUUCCGCUGCUGUGAGAAGCCGCGCCGGGACGCCCCCCAGACCCGGAGCUGCCGGGAGGAUGACCAUGGCCGGGGGCAGGAGGGGACUGGUGGCUCCGCAAAACACGUUUCUGGAGAAUAUUGUCCGGCGGUCCAAUGAUACUAAUUUUGUGUUGGGGAAUGCCCAGAUAGUGGACUGGCCUAUCGUGUACAGCAAUGAUGGAUUUUGCAAGCUGUCUGGUUAUCACAGGGCAGAAGUGAUGCAAAAAAGCAGUACCUGCAGUUUUAUGUAUGGGGAGCUGACGGAUAAAGAUACAAUUGAAAAGGUGCGGCAAACAUUUGAGAACUACGAGAUGAAUUCCUUUGAAAUUUUGAUGUACAAGAAGAACAGGACACCUGUGUGGUUCUUUGUGAAAAUUGCUCCAAUUCGAAACGAACAGGAUAAAGUGGUUUUAUUUCUUUGCACUUUCAGUGACAUAACAGCUUUCAAACAGCCAAUUGAGGAUGACUCAUGUAAAGGCUGGGGGAAGUUUGCUCGGCUGACCAGAGCAUUGACAAGCAGCAGGGGUGUCCUGCAGCAGCUGGCUCCUAGUGUGCAAAAAGGCGAGAAUGUCCACAAGCACUCCCGCCUGGCAGAGGUCCUGCAGCUGGGCUCAGACAUCCUUCCCCAGUACAAGCAAGAGGCGCCAAAGACUCCCCCUCAUAUCAUCUUACAUUACUGUGUUUUUAAGACCACAUGGGAUUGGAUCAUCUUGAUCUUGACCUUCUAUACAGCCAUCUUGGUCCCUUACAAUGUUUCCUUUAAAACCAGGCAGAACAAUGUGGCCUGGCUGGUUGUGGAUAGCAUCGUAGAUGUCAUCUUUUUGGUGGAUAUUGUGCUCAAUUUUCAUACCACCUUUGUUGGACCAGCGGGGGAGGUGAUUUCUGACCCCAAACUUAUCCGCAUGAACUACUUGAAGACGUGGUUUGUGAUUGACCUUCUGUCCUGUUUGCCAUAUGAUGUCAUCAACGCUUUUGAGAACGUGGAUGAGGGAAUUAGCAGCCUGUUCAGUUCUCUGAAAGUUGUCCGGCUGCUCCGUCUUGGGCGAGUGGCCCGAAAGCUGGACCACUACAUUGAAUAUGGAGCUGCUGUGCUGGUUCUGCUGGUGUGUGUGUUUGGGUUGGCUGCACACUGGAUGGCCUGCAUCUGGUACAGCAUUGGGGACUAUGAGAUCUUUGACGAGGACACCAAGACAAUUCGCAACAACAGCUGGCUCUACCAACUGGCUAUGGACAUUGGCACCCCUUACCAAUUUAAUGGUUCUGGCUCAGGGAAGUGGGAAGGUGGUCCCAGCAAGAAUUCUGUCUACAUCUCCUCAUUGUAUUUCACUAUGACCAGCCUCACCAGUGUGGGCUUUGGGAAUAUUGCCCCAUCCACAGACAUCGAGAAGAUCUUUGCAGUGGCCAUCAUGAUGAUUGGCUCACUUCUCUAUGCUACCAUCUUCGGGAAUGUGACGACCAUUUUCCAGCAGAUGUACGCCAACACCAACAGGUACCAUGAGAUGCUCAACAGCGUUCGAGACUUCCUGAAACUCUAUCAGGUGCCGAAAGGAUUGAGUGAGCGAGUCAUGGAUUAUAUAGUGUCCACCUGGUCCAUGUCCAGAGGCAUCGACACAGAGAAGGUGCUGCAGAUCUGCCCCAAGGACAUGAGAGCUGACAUCUGUGUGCAUCUGAACCGUAAGGUGUUCAAGGAGCACCCAGCCUUCCGGCUGGCCAGUGAUGGCUGCCUACGGGCACUGGCCAUGGAGUUCCAGACAGUGCACUGCGCCCCGGGGGACCUCAUCUACCAUGCAGGAGAGAGUGUUGACAGCCUCUGCUUUGUGGUCUCCGGCUCCCUGGAGGUGAUCCAGGAUGAUGAGGUGGUGGCCAUCCUAGGGAAAGGAGACGUGUUUGGAGAUGUGUUCUGGAAGGAAGCCACCCUAGCCCAGUCCUGUGCCAAUGUUAGGGCUUUGACCUACUGUGACCUGCAUGUGAUCAAACGGGAUGCCCUGCAGAAAGUGUUGGAAUUCUACACAGCCUUUUCCCACUCCUUCUCCCGGAACCUGAUUCUUACCUACAACUUGAGGAAGAGGAUUGUGUUCCGGAAGAUCAGCGAUGUGAAACGGGAAGAGGAAGAGCGCAUGAAACGGAAGAAUGAAGCCCCGCUGAUCUUGCCACCAGACCACCCUGUCCGGCGACUCUUCCAGAGGUUCCGACAGCAGAAAGAAGCCAGACUGGCUGCAGAGAGAGGAGGGCGGGACCUGGACGACCUGGAUGUGGAGAAGGGCAAUGUCCUCACAGAGCAUGCCUCAGCCAACCACAACCUCGUGAAGGCCAGCGUGGUCACUGUCCGCGAGAGUCCUGCCACACCCGUGGCCUUCCAGGCAGCCUCCACCUCGGGGGUGCCCGACCAUGCCAAGCUGCACGCGCCAGGGUCCGAGUGCCUGGGCCCUAAGGCAGGCGGGGGCGACUGUGCCAAACGCAAAGGCUGGGCUCGCUUCAAAGAUGCUUGCGGGAAGGGCGAGGACUGGAACAAGGUGUCCAAGGCUGAGUCCAUGGAGACGCUCCCCGAGAGGACAAAGGCGUCAGGUGAGGCCACACUGAAGAAGACAGACUCAUGUGACAGCGGCAUCACCAAGAGUGACUUGCGUUUGGAUAAUGUAGGCGAGGCCAGGAGUCCCCAGGACCGCAGCCCCAUUCUGGCAGAGGUCAAGCAUUCUUUCUACCCCAUCCCCGAGCAGACACUGCAGGCCACAGUCCUGGAGGUGAGGCAUGAGUUAAAGGAGGACAUCAAAGCCCUGAAUGCCAAAAUGACCAGUAUCGAGAAACAGCUCUCAGAGAUACUCAGGAUAUUAACUUCUAGAAGGUCCUCUCAGUCUCAGGAGCUAUUUGAAAUAUCGAGGCCCCAGUCCCCAGAAUCAGAGAGAGACAUUUUUGGAGCAAGCUGAGAGGUCUGUUGAGGAAAAAAAUCAAAGACACAAACUGACAGCCCUGCCCUC